CGCAGGUUGGUUUCCUGUUUUUGUGAUGGUAGAUGGUACUGAUCGUGUGUUUAUAAUAGUUCGUGUAUUUAUUAUAAUUAUAUGAUUUGAAGGAAUUUGUGAUUGUUUGGUGGAUACAUUUUUUAUGAAAUUAAAUAAUUUUUAGUUUGUGACUGAUGCAGUUGAAAGACACACCACCAACAUCUCCAUGUAGCAAUGAAACAAUGGAUUAUAAUGAACUGUUUGAAGAUGAAGUUGAGGAGGUUAUUGAUGGUGAAGCUGCAAGUAGCAAUAAUUACAUAGAAGCAAAUGAUGCAAGUGAUGAAGAUAUUGGCAUAGGCUUAGAAGGCAGUGAAAAUUCUGAAGGAAAUAACCCUGUGAGGGAUGAUUCAGCAUCUGUAUUUUCUCAUCAUAAAGGUUCUGUGUUUUGCUGCCAUUUACAGCCAAAGGCUGGCAGAUUGGCUGUGACUGGAGCAGAGGAUGAUAUGGCAUAUGUUUGGGAAACACAUUCAGGAGAAGUAGUGUUACAAUGCAAGGGCCACAAGGACUCUGUGACCUGUGUUAGAUUCAACUAUGAUGGGUCUUACGUUGCAACUGGAGACAUGAGUGGUGUCAUACAAGUAUGGAAAAUAGCUAACAAGUUACAAGUAUGGGAAACAUGUAUUGGCGACCUGACUUCAUGCACUGUUUGCAGUGGCUGAGGUGGCAUCACGGAGCAAAUGUCUUGCUAGCUGGAACUGAGUCGGGGGAGGUAUACGUGUGGAGAAUUCCAGGAGGAGAAUGCAAAGUGUUGCCUGGCCAUGGUGACAAAGCAGAC